UUUUUAUUAAUACAAAUUUUACAUAUUAUUACAAGUAAAUCAGUUCCAAAAAUUGAAAAAACAAUAUCUCAAGGAGAAUUAAAUAAUGACACAAUUGUAACGACGAUAAUGGCUUUACCAGAAUCACGUGAAAAAAAAACAUUUGCAACGCGAAACGCAAGAAUCGUUCGCAGCGCACGCUUAAAUUCAACAAAACAUGUCAAAAAUACAAAUCCAACAAAAAAUUGUAAAAAGACCAACUCAUCUGAUGGAACACGAAUCGAAUUAAAUGCUCUUAACGCAGGGUUAAAUUCAACAGAACAUGUCGAAAAUACUAAUUCAACAGAAAUUUUCGAUAAAACAAACUCAUCUGAUGUAAUACGAAUCGAAAGAAACGUACCUGGAACACGUUUAGAAAUGAAAUCAAUGUCAGAAUUACCACAGAGUUCAUUUCACACGAAUUUGAAUUUAAUUCGAAAUAAGAGAACGGCUUACAAUAGAAAUCGAGCAUCUCUUAGAAAAUUUAAACGUAGACAAUUUAUACAAGGAAAAAAAUUAGAACAACUUAGGAAGAAAAAAUCGACUACAAAAGUGAAACCAGAAGAAAUCAAGCCUGUAAUAUCUUCUAAAUCUGUAGAACGUAAAGGAAAAGGCCCCGAUGCAGAUUUUUUUUAUUGAUUCAAGAAACGACUCAUCGUUAACAACGACCUAUAAAUCUGAAUCUGAUUAUUAAUUUUCGAUUAAUUAUUUAGUUAAUUAGUUCAAACGUAUUCUAUAAAAAAUAUGUAUUAAAAAAAAAUACAACUUUAGCUUUUU